GCGCAACACUGGCACCUAGGCCUUCACUCUCAACUAUCCCUCCUCCAUCUCGCUCGCGCUCGCGCUCUUCUUCUUUCUUCUCCCCAUCCAACUUCUUGCCGGAGCCUUGCUGGUUCGGUCAGGCGAGGAGCAGCACACUAUGGCCAGCAUCCAGGCGCUCGAACAAAUACACCACCCAUUCGGCAGCAGUUCGGGUGACGACGCAGACUCGCCGCCGAGUCUCACUCACAGCAGCGAUUCGCCCCAGUCGACGGCCGAGGAAUCAUCGCCCCAGCAUCACCAGGACACCGUCAUGGGUCAGCACAAUGUUCACCCCGCGGUGUCAAAAAACGACUUUCACGCGUCGUCGUCAUCGUCGUCACCGCAGGCCAUCAGUGGCACCUUUUCGCCUCUGAGCAGCGCCUGGUCCGACGAACGACGCAGCAGCAGCCAGGUUAAGGACGACUCAAUGACGUGGGAGUCGGCUUUUUCGCGGAUGGAUGAAGUCCGUCACGGCAGCGAAGACAUGCGCCAGCCGAGCUACUCGAACACCGCCGCCACCUCGCCCUCGUCGGUGGAUCACGAAGUCCAGCUCAGCAGCGCCCUUUCCAACGGGACCAGCCUGCAGGCAUGGGCAUCGGAGCAGUCGCAGGGCAGCGUCAGUGCGCACAACUAUGGAUGGAACAAUGACAAUGACGAGGCUAUGUUUGACUCGCUCAUCCAGGAAGACAGCUUCGAGUGAGUGGGGCCUCUGGCCGCCAGGAAAUUAAUUCUUUGGGCGUCGACUGACUCCCAAAACCCCAAUUUCACAGGCAAACGACGUCACCAACAAGCACAAACGUCGCUUCGCCGGUCAGCAACAGGAUCGCACCGCAGCUUGCCAAAGCGCUCUCCAUCGACACGGCACCCAGCUCUCUACCGGCGCCCGUCAAGGAAGAGCCGAGCAGCAGCGAGCCAACACCGUCUCAGACUGCUCAGGCUUCCGACGGUGAUACGCCCUCCCGACGGUUGUCAGAUGCAGCAGCAGCAGCCUCAACACCGUCACAGCAGCCUCAACCACCUCGGACCAAGCUCAACGUGCCC